UCCAAGACGUGCAGACGUGCAGCGGUGGACGCGUAGGACGCGGGUCGCAUUAACCACCACUAGCCUUUAUAGACGCCUCCUCCCACUAUCUCUGUCACUCUCACUCGCCUACGCAACGCCGCCUCUCUCACGUCCCAUCAUCUUCUCCAAAGCAAAAAACCCUCUCCCUCUCCCUCUCCUCUGCCGGCGAGAUGGACAAGGAGAAUGCCAAUCCCAUCGUCCACGGCGCCGUCGGCUCCAAGCGCGACGCCUCCCUCUUCGACGCCGUCCCCUCAACGGACGUCGCCGCCGUCCCCUCAACGGACGUCGCCGCCGCCUCCGCCGGUGCAUCGGAGGCUGCUGCCGCCGGUCGCGGUCAGAUCCCACCGGGAUGGGACCCCUACGAGCCGGUGCCGUACGUCCCGCCCCCGAACCGCUACGACACCUCCAUAGAGGACCCAUGGAACGAGCUGUCUGGCAGCGACGUCGGCAGCGACGACGAGCACCAUGACGUCAAGACUCGCCAGGUGCUGCGGAGGCUGCAGGUCGGCCAGUAUGUCUCCUACCUCGACGUCGCCAAGGGUGUCUACAGGUGGUGUCGCCGUAGCGGAGGAGGGUGA